CCUUUCCAUGUCUGACCAGUAACAGCAGCUAUGUUUUUUUUUUUUUAGUUGUUUUUUUUUUUUUUCUUUAUUUAGGUCCCUGUCACCAUAAAUACUCUGAGGAACAUCAGAGAAGCUGGACAGACUCCACUCCCGGGAUCAUUCCUGUCCUAAUUCUCUUGGGGCCUUUAACAUUCGGCAUGAGGAGGAGAGGAACAGGAGAGGACAGGGGCAAGGAGAUGUCCAGGAAGCCCCAAGGGGGGAGCAGUGGGCCAGAUUCCAGCAAGAGUGGCCUGGAAAAAAACUUUCACCUGAGGUUCCAUGACCUGGACAUACUUGGGGCUUUCAGUGUCUUCGGACCUAAAUCGGCUGUUCUGCUAGAUGACUCUGCAAACAUUGCCAAUCUGAAGAUUCUUGCCAGAAAAUUCUGCCCUGAGCAAGAGAAUGAGGUCCUACAGGAGUGGACAUCAUUUAAGAACCAUGUCCUUACUGGGGCAUUCAAGGACAAGAACCAGGCUGACAUCCUUACUCUGCUGGCAAGUGAGUUCAAUGAGUGGGAUAAUAUCUACCCCUGCCUCAGCCUCCUCGCAGGCAUUGCCUUGGUGAUCCCCGUUUCAAGCAUGAAUUAUGAAAGGGAUUUUUCUACUCUUAAUAGGGUGAAAACAGACCUUAGAAACCACCUGCAAGGAGAACACCUGGCUGCCUGCCUGAGAAUUUCGAUCAAUGGGCCUGACCUCGAGGACUUUCCAUAUGAUAAGGCCUUAGAGUAUUUUUUUUUAGGAAGCCCCGAAAAAUUCAUUCCCUGACAAAGGGUGCAAACUCUGCAGGAAGUAGGGAAACACAGGAUUAACUGUAGGGAGUAAAACUGAUGACUGCAGGCUAUCUGCAAGCUAUCUGUAUAUCUAUUUAUCUAUAUAUCUAUAUGUGUAUAUAUCUAUAUCUCUCUAUAUAUAUCUAUAUAUCUGUAUAUGUAUAUCUCUAUAUCUGUAUAUCAAUAUAUGUAUAUCUAUAUCUGUAUCUGCCUGUAUUCAAUGAAAGUGUUGUAGUUCUAUUCAAACUCCUCGUUUUUCUUGGUUGCACCGCCGCCACCACAAAUAGAUUCCUGUCCUGUGGGAAACACUGCCAUGUACUCAGAUAAAGGAACUAUUCAUAAAUAUUUCCUAUGUACAUUAGGGAUAGGCACUAAUUAUGUUUUGUAAGAGAGAGUGAUCGCAUGAAUUACUCAAGGGGGCAUAAUUUUCUUGUAGAGGGAAAUCUAUUUUUAGGUCACAUUUUAAAAAGCAUGGCAGCAGCAAUAACAAUGCACAGCACUGAUUCUGAUGCAUCAUGCUUAUUUUCAAUUAAAACAAUUACAAUUGCCAUUUAAGAUAAAGAUAUUUUUUACAACUAAACAUUAAAAAAGCAGGGCUCGACAGUGCGAGCGUUUCACUUGCAUUUGCGACUAAAAAUAGGUGUGUGCGAACUGUAAAAAAAUUUAGGGGCACAUGUGCGCAUAAAAAAAUCUGCCGAAGCAGCCUAUAUUUUUGUCAAUAAAAAAAUAUGAUAACAUAACCGCAAAUGUUGGAGGAACUCCAGCUGCCUUCCCUCUUCUCCGUGUGACACGGUUAUGGGCGGUUUUCCAAGCCACUGUCGACACAAUGCACUCUUGCGCCGCGGUAGCACAUACACAAUGAAUGGGUUCGUCGGUGGCUCUGUGUGAAAAGGGCUUAAGUCCCACUGUCGGCAGCGUGGAAAUAAGUCAAAGUGUGGAGGAGAUGGACCGGGUUAGGCGGCGGAUCUCCAGGGAAGCCUGCUCCGUUCUCCCCGUAGUUCAAAUAAUUUCAACUCUGAGCACAGCACUCGGGCGGAAAAUCAGAGCGAUGCGCGACGCCCUCUCCAUAGACAAACAAUGGGACAGCCAGCGCAAAGCGGUUUUACAGCUGAUCAUGUGUAGAGGCCUUUAGGGACCGUUCGCCACGGUACCGCUGCUGGGCAGGGUGGAAAUAAAGCCCUUUUCACACAGAGCGUGCAAAGCGCAGACCUCCGCCGACGAACCCAUUCAUAGUGUAUGUGCUACCUUGGCGCAAGUGCGCACCACUCUGCCGAGCUGAGCGGCGCGCAAGAGGGCGCAUGUCGCAGCGUCUGCGCGCUGUGACGACACCUCGGUGCCGCACGUCCAAUAGCAGAGAAGAGCCUAGAGUAGACCUGGAAGCGGUCACCAUGGAGCUGUAGCUCCUGAACGAGCCUGUACUCCCCCAAAUCCUGUCCUCUGCGCCCUACCCCGCGGUGGGUGCCGCGAAAGCUCUGUGUGAAAGAGGCUUAAGUCCUGCAGAGUUUCAGAGGACCUGGAGAAUGUUUUAGGAUAGUAAUAACAUUAUAUAAGAUAAUCAUAUUGCAAAGAUAAUAUAUAUAAGAUAAUAACAUUAAAGACAAAAUUAAAUUGCAAUACUUUUUCAAAACUUGAUGAUUUUACUAUUCUGUACAUUUUGUAUACAAAUUCAUUAAAUAAUUUUGCUUGUAAAUGUCUAUUUGCAUCACGUUUAUUACGGAAAACACAUUAUUUGAUCAAUUUACAUUGUGCCCCUAAAGUUCAAAUUAGGAGCACAUGUGCUCCUUGGGAAAAAAGUUAGCGUCAAGCCCUGAAAAGCAUUAAAUAAUAGCCUGUGGAGAGCCUGGUGUGCCACCCACAGCUCCAGUGGAAUCCAGGGUUUACAUUGGACUUUGUAUUUUGGAGGCCAAUAUGGCUGCUAAUAUGAAAUAGACAUAUACAUGAACAUAAACAUGUUCAGAUGUAGGUACAGGAUCUGUGAAGUGAGUUUAAUCAGGAUUGCUCAAAAAACUUGAGUUAUGGCUUAUUUCUCUCCAAGCCCUGCCUUUUGCUAAGUAAUUUUGAUAGAUGGCUGCUUGUCGAUGGUCGAUCUUCCCCAGUUACAGCAGGAUUUGUAUCUCAGUCCUACAAGGCUGCAAACCAAGUUUGGUCUUCACAGAAUCAAAAUCCAGGAAAGUCUAUUCAUAUUAGUGUUUUUCACAUCAUACAAAUUGGCAAAGUAUUCAUCAUGGUGUGACUCAUGGCGUAAGCACCACGAUCAGGCCGACUGGGAUUGAAAUUCUUGUAAAGUAUUAGAACAUAAUUUCCAGUUAUGGUGCCAAGUUUCCUUUCUUUAGGUUAUGCUCAGUCACAGUAAUUUGAGUAAAGGCAUAAUAUAGCAUAUAAUGCUAAGUAGGCCAUGCCCACAUGCACCAAUCAUCAUGACACAUUAGAUCUUGGUUAAUACUUCCCCUGAGAGUAUGUGUACCGAAAUUGAAAUUCUAUUCACCAGGUUUUGAGGUUUGUGGCAAUUGUGGUGCCCCCUUUGGGUCAGGCUUACAAUGCUUAAGUGCCUUUACUCCCCAACAUGUACUGAAGGUAUCUGCCAAGAUUUAUGUUAAUUGGAAAAAACAAUUAAUGAGUUAUGGCCAAUUAACUUAUAAGCCCUGCCCUUUCAAAGUUUUUUUUUUAUUUUUAUUUAUGGUGACUGUGUUUUUUAACUGAUCGUGCUCAUUUAUUGUACCAAUGUGUAUUGCAGUCCCACACGGCUGUAUAAAAAAUUUGGUGUCAAUAGAGUCAAAAUUAAGAAAAGUCUAUUAAUUUUUACUGUUUUUCACAUUAUGCAAAUUAGUAAAAAAAUCCAUUAUGGCAGACAUUUAUGGUCCAAAAUGAUUUGUUCUAGAGCACAUUCAGUUGGAUAUGUUUGCCAAAUUUCAGGUGGAUCGGACUUACAGUGUGAGGGGCGUGGCCUUUCUAAAAUCCCAUUUUUGGUUGUUAAUUACAGCACCACAACAUGGCCCAUUUGAGUCAUAUUUCUUGCAAGACAUUUGCACAUUAUUUUCCAGUUAUCAGACUAAUUUCAUCUUUCUAGCUCAUUCCAGCUCCCAGCAAUGUAACUCACAACGGAAAACAACUAAUACUUUAUCAGAUUUAAUUUUGUCUGAAGAGGUAUUGAGACUAAUCACAUAUUUGUCUCAUCAUGUCAAUGUAUGAAGAGUUUCUAUAACUGAUUCAAAAAAUAAAAAAUAAAUUUAAAAAUAAAUUAUAUACAGCACACUCUAACAACUACAGGGUGAUAAUACUCUCUUUGAGUGUAUCAAUUGAUCAGUAAGGUUAAUGGCUCAUUUUACAGCCACAGUCACACUGACUAUGUUCUCAGUGACCAUCGGUUACUGCUUCAACAACAAUACAUCCACAAAGUUGA